AUGGAUCAAUUUGAACAAUAUGACAAGGGUAGCUUAUUACGAGAUAGAUAUCUUAAAAUUAGUGAUAUAAGUGAAGGUUCAUAUGGUUUAGUAUCUGUCGCUAAAGAUACCAAGGUUAAUAAUAGACUCGUGGCAGUUAAAUUCAUUUAUCCACUUGAUUAUAAAAAGAAUCGAGAUAAAAUUGAAAAUGCAUCACGUCCAUCUUCAAGUCCAGCAAAAUUAAAAUCACAACCCCCACCAAAAGGAUUGACCGAUGAUGAUAUAGACGUAGAAGAAGAAGAAGAUGGAUGUCCGAAAUCCGGGGCAAAACAAUAUAGACAAUCAGUUAUUAAUAAUCUACUUAAUGAAGCCCAAAAAGAAAUCAAAAUCCAUAAGAUUCUUGGAGAUCAUCCUAAUAUUUCAACAUUAAUAGAUCAUUUUGAUUCUUGUUUAGUUUUGGAAUUUUGUACAAGAGGUGAUUUAUAUGAAGCUAUUCAUAAUGGGAACGGACCGGCAACUACUCAAGAUAUUAAAGAUGUUUUCCAACAAGUAUUGAAUGCAGUUGAAUUUUGUCAUUCUCAUGGAGUUUAUCAUCGUGAUUUAAAACCGGAAAAUAUCCUAAUUGCUGAAGAUUGGAGUAUUAAAUUAUGUGAUUGGGGAUUAUCCACUACAACUAGAUAUAUUACCAAUAAGGAUGAAUUUGAUAUUGGAUCUGAAAGAUAUAUGGCACCUGAAUUAUUUGAUAAUAAUUUAGAAUCUUAUGAUGCUUCCAAAAUUGAUAUUUGGUCUUUAGGGAUUAUUUUAUUAACGUUAGUUUUCCAUAAAAAUCCAUUUCAAGUGGCUAAUUAUUCUGAUAAACGAUUUAUUCAAUUUGUUAAUAAUAGAGAAGCAUUAUUUGAUAUUUUUAGUACUAUGAGUGGUGAUUUAUUUUCAAUCUUAAGAUUUAGUUUAACUAUUGAUCCAAAUAAUCGUGAUUUGAAUAAUAUUCAUCAAGAAUUAAAAUCACUUCGAUAUUUCACAAUUGAUGAAGAAUAUUGGGCAAGUGAUUAUGAAGAAGAACAAGAAAGUAUGGAAGAAGAAGAAGAAGGACCUGAAAGUAUGGAAGAAGAUGAUGGCUACUUUGAUAAUGAAUCUGAUGAAAAAGUUUCUCCUGAGGAAAGAAUCCCCAAGAAAUCUCCAUUAUUGAUUUCUUCUCCUGAUAGUAGUAAAUUAGAUCAAUAUAAACCUAAAGAUGUGGCUCCAUCGGUAUCAAUCACAAAUGUCGAUGUGGAUGCCGAGGGAACUACUACCAACAACAACAACACACAUCAUCCAAAUAGUUAUACCCAUGCUUCUAAACCAUAUCAUCCAAGACCUAGAACUCCUGAUAUAUUUGAUGAAAUUCCUCAUAAUCACAGAGCAGACGCGUUAUUAUCUUCCAAUACUCAUGUGAAACCUAUACCUAUUAGUGGAUCUGGAUUUAAGUUUAUUCGUAAUACUAGAAAACCAUUGAAUGUUGCUUCAUAUAAUCAAAAUUCACAUAUGAAUUUCAAUCGUGCUAAUAAUAAUAGUAUGAAUAAUAAAUUUAAUCGUGAAGAUUUCUUUACACCAAAAUCGGUAUUUAAUCAUUAUUUGGAUAAAUAUGGAGAACAAAAAUUUGGGAAACUGAUGAUGCCAAACCGAGAUAAUGGAUUUAUCAAUGACAUAACAAGAGGAGGAGAUCAAAAGAAGUAUCAAUAUGCUACUAGAACCUGGAAGAAGAAUUAUAAAAAGAAGUAUAAUAAGUAUUGUUAUGCCAAUAAUUCUCCCCAGCAAUAUCACCGUGGUGGCAAUGAUUAUUCAACCAAUAAUGAUUCUCAUAAUCAUUAUCAUGGAAAUCGAAGAAAAUCAAGACUGUAUUCUACUUCAAAAUUAAGAAGAUCUUAUUAUGCAACUAGUGGAACUACAAGUAAUCCUCCAAGUGCUGGUCCUAGUACUAAUCUUAGUGCAUCUAUUCCGGUAUUACAUCAUCCAUCUCCAUUGAAUGGAUCGGUUGCAAAUAAUGGGAAUAUUACUACUGCAAAUGGAACUACUACAAAUAGUAAUAAUUUAUCGACUUCUGGGAAAUAUAUUCCACCAUAUUUGAGAUCCCCCAAUUAUCAAAAAUCACCAGUUAUAGAACCAUUAAUGGAAGAAAUGGAUCAUCUUUCACUUGGGAAUGAUUAUGAUGAAGUCUUCCAUUUAGAAGAUGAUUUUGAUUUACUGAAACCCAGUAAUGGGAAUGGAUAUUCAAGUAAUAAUGAUUCACCAUCUACAUAUCAUAAUUUCCCCCAUCAUCAUAGAAAAAAUUCAUCAAUUGAUAAUAGAAAUAACAAUGGGAUUAAUACUACUGGUCGCAAGAAUUCCAUUAGUGCAAUAGCUACAAGAAAAGCGAUAUUUGGUGAUUCCAUCACACAGCAACCAAAUGGGAAUCAUAUGAAUAUUGGCGCAAGUUCUAGUGCUCCAUUAUCUACUUCUGCAAGCAGUACAACCAGUGGAAAAUAUAUUCCACCAUUUAGGAGAGCAUCGAUUGUGGCUGCAAAUAAUUUGAAAAGGUCCCCACCUGAUGGUCGAAAAGAUAUUAAUAUUAAUAAAGCAUGUCAUGAAAAUAAUAAUAAUACUACUACUCCUGGUGGUCAUGGUCAUGGAGGUCAUGGAAAUGGGAAUGGGGUUUCUUUGAUUGGGUCACAAUGGAUUACUACCACUUACAAGAAAGAUUGGAGUGAUUAUGAUGAUUGA